GGGGCGGGCUUCGGCGGGGCCCGCUGGUGGGGGGCGGGCCCCCCGCUGAGCCACCGCCCAGCUCUGCUGGGCGGGCCUGGGGCGUCCAGCUCCCGGGCCUGGGUUCUCGCUCCCGCCCCCGUCCCCAUCCCCGCUCCCUCCCCGGUCCCCGCCCCCGCCUCGGUCAUGGCGGGGCCCUACGGGCUGUCGGUGCGGGAUCUGAACGAGCUGCUGUCGGAGGGCGGCUGCUACAGCCUCCCGAGCGAGUCCUGCAACGAGGUGAUCCCCAGGAUCUACGUGGGCAACGCGUCUGUGGCACAGGACAUCUCCAAGCUGCAGCAGAUGGGUAUCACGCAUGUGCUGAAUGCUGCUGAGGGGAAGUCCUUCAUGCACGUGAACACCAGUGCCCAGUUCUACGAAGGUACCAACAUCACCUACCUUGGCAUCAAAGCCAACGACACCGAAGAGUUCAACCUCAGUGUUUUUUUUGAGAAGGCGGCAGAUUUCAUCGACAGAGCCCUGAACCAGAAGAAUGCCAAGGUGCUUGUCCAUUGCCGAGAAGGUUAUAGCCGCUCUCCCACUCUGGUCAUCGCGUACCUCAUGAUUUGCCAAAAGAUGGAUGUCCGAGCUGCACUGAGCCUCGUGAGGCAGAACCGGGAGAUUGGCCCCAAUGAUGGUUUCCUGACCCAGCUCUGCCAGCUGAAUGAGAAAUUAAUUAAGGAAGGAAAAUUGUAACCCACUGAGAAUCGAUGAUUAGGUCUGCCGGGGGUCUUGGUCGGGGGAGUUAUUGAAUGAAUUCCAAGCAAGCUGCCCUACCAGGUUAGGUUAUACUACAUGCACCUUUCCAAUUACUCAUUUAAGUACCUUCCAGUGAGUCUUUCUGAAAGAGGUCCCCUGGCCCAGGGUCAUCUGCAGGAGGCUUCAGGAAGGGAGCUUCUUCAGAACAGUCAUUCCUGGUAACUUGGGUAUUUACUUACUCUGUGUGAAUUGCAAUGCUUUCCCUUUCCCCUGAGAUAUGGGAUGCUGACCUGACAGCUUGGUGGCAUUUAUCUUCACCUCGCCUUGGCACAGAACCUAGUGCUGGAAGCUGUCCAAAUUCAGAUCCUUUUAGAAUCCAAGAUGAGCAAACCUGGUGGAGGUGCCUUCCUCCAGGGUCUUGCCUUCAGCAUUUUCAAGCUCUGGAUGAGCCAUUCCACCAAGGUACUGGUGGCCUUUUAUACUUGGUGCCCUCCCCCCCACCCCCAGUUCUGUACACUCACGUAUCUGCUACACCCAUCUUUACUCUCUUACCUGGGCAGCUUGAGCUGGUUAGCAAAGCCAGAUUGUCCUCCCCUACCCACCUUGGUUCACAGGGCCACAGGAUGCCAGUGAUUGAGGGAUUCCCGUGGAAAAAAAUGCCUUGAUUUAAAGGCACCUAGAAGAAAAGAAACCGGAGGAGUAGAAAACAUUUAAAAAGAAGAGAAAAGUAAGAGGAUUUGUCCUCUUUUCCCUGCUCCAUAUAAUGUUUAUGCUAAUUCUCUGAAAGCCUGAAUCCAGAAUCGGUUUUAUUGGAAAUUUUUUGUUCAUCAUAUGCACCUAGUUCAUUAGAAGAUUAAUGUUCCUGGCACGGUUUAUAUUAGAGCACCCAGGUCCAGCCUGUAUAAAAAUAUCUCACCAUCUGGAGAGUUUUGCAGUAGGUGAUGGGGAUGAAGAGCAUCUGGAUGCUCUUUUUGGUUUGGUUUCUGUUCAGAAUUUAGAGGGAGGGCAUCAGCCAAUUAUAGAAGAUGUGUAUGUGUCUGUCAUCUGUAGGAAGCAUGACAUCAGGAAGAGACUGCUGAAGUUCAUUAUAGCAAGGGGUUAUUCCCCUGCUUGCUCUUGGGGAGUUGGGGAGUUCUUCACACUUUAUGAUUUGAUCUUCAAGAUUACCAGAACCUUUCAAGCCGCCACCAGAAAUAAAAUAUAUUGUAGUGUCUGAAUGGAGCCUUAAUUGACAAACGAAUUAGAUUUCUCUCCCUGUCUCCCCAUCCCCAAACAAAAACACAUUUUCUCACAUUUCUGAUCCUGCAUUUUUUUUAGCAUCGUAAUGGCAGUGGGGAUGGGGCUGGGGAUGGUUAUGUUACAAACAUAUGCUCCCCUCACACAUUGCUGCUAGAAUGAAUGAAAAAGAUACGCCCCCAGUAAGUGGCUGGUGAAGGAAUUAACCUGUGUUACUAAUCUCUCUUUUGCAGAUAUUUAGGACACCUGUUCCAUUCCUGAUAAAAAAAAAAAAAACAAUGUGAUUUCUGGGUAUUCUUUGGACUUGUCAAACCAAGUCAGGCUUUGGGGAGGUUUUGUUGCUUUCUUCCUUUGGAAUGGCAUCCCAGUUGUGAACUUGGCAUUAAUUACACUUGUAUUGAUCCCUAAA